AUGAAGUUUUGCCGUCACGAUGCUAAUAUUAUCAUUGAGCAUAGCCUUUACCUUCUUAAUUUAUAUAUUGGAUAUUAUUAUUAUUUUUAUGUCACUAAGGUUGAACAAUAUAUAUAUAUCAAAUGCUUGGACAUCAUAACGAAAUGUAAAAGCAAUAUCUCAAAAUUUCUCAACUCCGUGCCAACAUCCCAUGAACUCCCUCUUUCUCCUCCCAAGUACUUGCAAGAAGAUGAUAUUACCCAAGACUGCAGGGAAUUACUGUCUUCCCUUCCGAAAGAAAAAGGGUGGGUUGCAUCACACCUCUAUCAAUACCAAGGCUUUUGGCACCCAUCAAGGCAGUUGCAAGGAGUACUUUCAUGUCAACAAGGAUUUCAAGCUCAGGACACAGAUAUCCUUCUUGUCACCACACCCAAAUCAGGCACCACUUGGCUCAAGGCAAUCCUCUUUGCAUUAGUAAACCGAGCACAAUAUCCUAAUGAUAUUACCAGCCAACAACAACACCCAUUACAUGCAAACAAUCCCCAUGAUCUUGUCCCCUUCCUGGAACUCAAGCUCUAUGCCGAUAACCGUGUCCCGGACCUUACCUCCUUCACUUCUCCAAGGCUCUUUUCAACCCAUUUACCGCCCUUAUCCCUUCCUGAAUCUAUAAAAUGUUCAGCAUGCAAGCUUGUCUAUUUGUGCAGGAACCCAAAGGAUACUUUUGUUUCACUUUGGCACUUUACAAACAAGUUAAGACCCAAGGACAUUGGAACCAAUUCACUAGAAGAUACAUUUGACAGGUUCUGUAGGGGGGUGAGCUUGUAUGGACCCUUUUGGGAUCAUGUGUUGGGUUAUUGGAAGGAAAGCUUGGAAAACCCUGGGAAGAUACUUUUCUUGAAAUAUGAGGAGAUGAAAGAGAAACCCGAUGAACAUUUGAGGAGAAUAGCUCAGUUCUUGGGCUACCCAUUUUCCCCAGAGGAAGAGAAAUUAGGGUUGGUGGAUGAGAUCUUGGGAUUGUGUAGCUUUGACACCUUGAGCAAGUUGGAGGUGAACAAGAGUGGAAAGUUGCUGUCCGGAGAGGAGAAUAAAACAUUCUUCCGGAGGGGUGAGGUCGGAGACUGGAAGAAUUUUCUGUCGGCCGAGAUGGAAGACCGACUCGAUCAGAUCAGUGAACAAAAGUUACACAAAUUUGGGUUGAAGUUUUAGAUCACCUAGGCUAGACCUAGACCUAGGUUUGACAUUGUCAUUACCUCAAAUAAUGGUAUGUAUGUUACUUCUUUUUGCUUCAUGUCAGACUGUUAAUUUGAUGUAUCAGAACGUAGUAGAAACACAAUAAGAUAUUAGUGUUGUUGGAUUGUACUGUAUCAUUAUAGUCAAACAAUUCUGUUGUUUGAAUAUGAUACCAUUGCAUUAUGCUAAAUAAUUUAUAUAUGAUUGUCAAGUUUCAUAAAAGUCUACUAUUUUUUA